GGAGGAGGAGGAGGAGAAGGAGGGCAGGAGCGUGUGAGGGGCAUUAAUUGAGGCGGCGGAAGGAAGGAGGGGGGAGGCGAGAGAGAGUCUGCGCUGAGGGGCAAAAGGCAAGCACAGCAAGAAGGGGGAAAGAGAAGGAAGAGGAAGGAAGGGGAGGGGGCGUCUUCCUCGCUCCUUCCUUCCUUCCAAUCCUCCCUGGCUUCCUCUUCUGCAAAGGGGCGGCUGCUUUAACCUCCCCUCCCCUCUCGUGCCUCCCCUCGGGGCCCACACCCAACCCUUCCCUCCCCGUCCCCACCAAGUUGUUUAUCCGCCUCGGUUCCUGCUGCCGCUGCCGGAGGAGCCAUGGAAGUUGGCGGCUAGAGGAGCCCCAGCGCCCCCACUGGAGAAAGAUAAUGGAGCCCAAAGAAGCACUAAAAUCCUCAGGAGAGAAGGAAGCUGGAAAAAGUGCUCACUUCUGUGACAAAGGAGGAAUUUUGCUGGACUUUAAUCCAUCCUUGAGGGGUGGCACUAUCAAGAUUCCUGCAUCUGCAUCUCCCCUGCCUGCCUCUUCUGAGCCUGACUCCAUGCAACAACCUGUUCUGUGCGACUUGUCAAAGGGAUUAGGAUCCAAUGUGCCACAGCCAGAUCUCUCUAAAGCAGUGUCGCUAUCAAUGGGAUUGUACAUGGGUGAAACAGAUUCGAAAGUGAUGGGAAACGAACUUGGAUUUCCUCAGAAGGGCCAAAUCAGUCUGUCUUCUGGAGAUACAGACUUUAGGCUCCUUGAAGAAAGCAUUGCAAGCUUGAAUAAGUCUUCUAGCCUGGCAGAAGGCUCAAAGGGUGCUACAUCUAUUGAUGAAACCUUAGAAUCAGAGUUCCCAAGCAUGUCUGGUCGUGAUAUUAUUUUAGAUCAAGGGGCUUUAGCACAAGGCCAGGUUGGCACAAAUGGUGGCAACUUGAAGCUUUUUUCUGAAGACCAAAGCACCUUUGAUAUUUUGCAGGAUUUUGAUUUGCCACCAGUGUCUCCAGGAAAGGAAACAAAUGGAAGCCCUUGGAGAAUAGACCCUGUGCUGGAUGAAAGUAGCUUGCUUUCCCCUCUUGGUGGAGAUGAGGGUUAUCUCCUGGAAGGAAAUGAAAUGGAGGAUUGCAAACCUCCCAUUUUACCUGACACGAAACCUAAAAUUAACGAAAGUGAUGAUUUUUUGACCAGUUCUACAAUGCAAAUGCCUCAGGUGAAAACUGAGAAGGAAGAUUUUAUUGAAUUGUGCACCCCAGGUGUAAUAAAGCAGGAGAAAAUUGGCACAGUUUAUUGUCAAGCUAAUUUCCCUGGGUCAAAUAUGCUAGGAAAUAAAACAUCUGCCAUUUCUGUUCAUGGUGUCAGCACUUCAGGGGGACAGAUCUACCACUAUGAUUUGAACAUGGCAUCUGUCACUCAACAGCAGGAUCAGAAACCAGUUUUCAAUGCCAUUCCAUCUCAUCCUGCUGGUUCAGAAAAUUGGAAUAAGUGCCAGGGAGCUGGGGAUGAUCUUACACCACUAGGUGCAUUGAAUUUUCCUGGAAGAUCUAUCUUCUCUAAUGGGUAUUCAAGCCCUGGAAUAAGAUCUGAUGUAAGUUCUUCACCCUCUACCUCUUCAGCAACUACGGGACCACCUCCCAAGCUUUGCCUUGUUUGCUCAGAUGAGGCUUCUGGGUGUCAUUAUGGUGUCCUUACUUGUGGCAGCUGCAAAGUAUUCUUCAAAAGAGCUGUAGAAGGGCAGCACAAUUACCUCUGUGCUGGAAGAAAUGAUUGUAUUAUUGACAAAAUUCGGAGAAAGAAUUGCCCUGCUUGCCGGUACCGGAAAUGUCUUCAAGCUGGCAUGAAUCUAGAAGCACGAAAGACAAAGAAGAAAAUAAAAGGAAUUCAGCAGUCUACCAUGACAGCAGGGAGAGAGACUGCUGAAAAUCCUGGAAAUAAGGCUAUAGUUCCUGCCUCACUACCACAGCUUACUCCUACCUUGGUUUCCCUACUGGAAGUGAUUGAGCCAGAAGUGAUGUUUUCAGGCUAUGACAGCACAAUACCAGACACAACUUGGCGUAUAAUGUCAACUCUUAAUAUGCUAGGAGGAAGACAAGUUGUAGCUGCAGUGAAAUGGGCAAAGGCAAUACCAGGGUUCAGGAACUUGCAUUUGGAUGACCAAAUGACUCUUCUACAGUAUUCAUGGAUGUUUCUGAUGGCUUUUGCUCUCGGAUGGAGAUCAUAUAAACAAUCCAAUGGAAGUCUGCUCUGUUUUGCCCCAGAUUUGAUCAUUAAUGAGCAAAGAAUGAAUUUACCUUGUAUGUAUGAACAAUGCAAACGUUUGCUGGUGGUCACUAAUGAGCUGGCCCGGCUUCAAGUUUCAUAUGAAGAAUAUCUUUGCAUGAAAACCUUGUUACUUCUCUCUACAAUUCCCAAGGAGGGCUUGAGGAGUCAGGCCUUGUUUGAUGAAAUUCGUAUGACCUACAUCAAAGAGUUGGGGAAAGCCAUAGUGAAGAGAGAAGGGAACUCCAGCCAGAACUGGCAGAGGUUUUAUCAACUGACAAAACUCUUGGAUUCCAUGCAUGAUGUGGUUGAGAAUCUUUUAAGCUUCUGCUUCCAAACGUUUUUGGAUAAAUCCAUGAGCAUCGAGUUUCCAGAAAUGUUGGCAGAAAUCAUCAGCAAUCAGUUACCAAAAUAUUCAAAUGGGAAUAUCAAGAAACUCUUGUUUCAUCAGAAAUGACUGCCUUAAUACAGAUAGAUUGCCUUAAGAAAAAGUCAAACUAUAGCUUCUUUUUUAUAUAUAAACUAAAAGACUUGUUAAUUUUGUCCUUGCAAUUAUAUUGGGUGUUCUUGUUUUUGUUUUGUAAUUAUGCACUACAUGUGGUUUACAGAGGGCCAAGACCUAGGUUUCAGAAGCAGAUGCCUCAAACUGAAUGAUUACAGGAAGAAGAAAAGGAAAUAUGGCUUGGGAUUUUUUUCUCCACAUAUACCAUCAUAUUGGCAGUAUAGGAUACACCAAAAGCAGUGGUGUCAAGUUCAGAAUCCUCAUUGUCAACAUUCUGCUAGGAAUUUCUGUAGUUGGCUGGAUUUUUAAAAAAUAGGUUUUUGUUUUGGUAUAGAUUUUUUUGUAUAGUUAAAGUAGCAUUUUUUGAUUUAUGCAUGUAAUAUGAAGAAAGUUUACAACUGUAUAUCAGAAAAGGGAAGUUGUGCCUUUUAUAGCUAUUACUGUCUGGUUUUAGCAAUUUCCUUUAACUUUAUAUACAGUGAAGCUUGCUCAUUUUUUCUUACAUAAUUUUUGUAAACUUCAGGAUGCCUAUUGUACAGCUGUUUUUUAAAAGUGGGGCAGCUCAUAGCUUAAUGACCUCUAGAUAUUAAUCUUUUAAGUAUACUCAUAUGACUAUAGGUCGGCUUUUCUAAUCUGAUGCAGUCAUAGUAAUUCUUCUAAAAUUGGCCUAUAAAUUCAGCCUUCUUCAGUGCGGAAUAGGGAUUGAAUCGUAUUCCAAAUCUAACCUGAAUACUGGAACUGCUUACUUUGAUAUCGGUCAAACAUGUUCUGUGAGCUAUUAAAAACUAGCUCUGUCUUAAAUAGGGGUGUGAACAUAAUUAUUUUUUUUUAAAAAAAAAGCAGCCUACAUAUUUGCAUUUAAUGCAAUAGCCAUAAUUCUAAGAAUUGUAGGCUGAAUUGAUGCUAAAAAGAUCAAUCUGGGCUGCCCAUCAGGAAACCUUCAGGAAAAUAUGCAUAAUUGUUUAAAAGUUUACUUCUGUAUGGAAAAAUUAACAUUUUUCCAUACUCCAUUUAUUGCCAUAUAAGUGUGUACUUUUUGUGUGUCAGAUGUAUAUUAUAUAUACAGUGCCACAAUCCAGAUAGCUGUAAUGUGCAGAACAAAACUGAUGCACAGAAAUUGGUAUGUCUAACUGUUCUCCAUCCACUUACUUACAAAGUGGAAAAUCUGCUCUUUUUCAGUUAGGAGAACUAUAUUAGUAACCAAUUCAUAUUUUUCACCUCAAAGUGCAAAUUUGCCUCUAUGGGGUUCUCAGAAUAUUCUGCUGGAUUACAGCCAAUGGCCAAAUUCCAGAGAAGUCUCCUACCUCCUCUCAUGAUGUGACCAGUACUGCCAGUUCUGACCACCUGUUAGGAAGGGGAUGAGGAUCCUUAGACUGGCUUAAAGCAGAUAGUUCUCAUCAUCUGCUAAGUGGUGCAUGCCAGUGCAAAAAUACCCUGGCUCUUGAACCCAAGGACUAACAGCAGCUUUUUGUACUUCCCAUAAAAUGGAUCAAGUACCAGAAAGAAGCCAGUUUCUGCUUACAAAUCACUCUCUGGACUGGGGCAAAUGUGUACAACCCUGUCUCCAUUCUAUGUUGAUAGCUACAUUUCUAUUGACUUUAAUGGUCAGGAACUACAUACAUAUAUAUAUAUAUAUAUACACACACAAACAAACAUAUGUAUAUAUGUGUGUGUAUGUACACGUAUGCAUACUUUAUAUAUAAAUACAUAUAUAUAAAUAAUAUUGAUUUACAAAAUAGUUGUAAUUAUGCCCAAUAUAUAUUAUGUUUAUAAAGAUUCAUAAAAGAUUUUACUUCAAAUAAGAUUUUUAACUUUAUGCAGAAUAGAAAAUAGACCAAACUACAAGAAGAAGAAACCUCUUUUGGAAGAUAAAGGUCCCAGACCUAUGUAUGGCUACACACCCAUUUUCACUUUUGUUACCACCUAAAUGAAACCUACCUUGUUUCUUAGAGAACAUGACGAUUCCGCUACUGAUUUUGUGGCUUAGAGUAGAAAGUUGUCCUUGUAUAGCUCCAACCCUUCUGUAUCAAACUACUAGUGUGCCAUAAAACAACCAUGUAUGUCCUGUGAAUUUUUCCUUGUUAUCAUUGAUUUAUAUUUUAAACAAUUUGUAAGCUGUAAUAGCCCAUCCUCUGAGCACUUACGAAUUUUCAGAAAAAUUAAAACAUAAAGUCACUUUAAAGGAUGGGGGUGGGGAAGAGAAAGCACUUGUUGUUCUUUGUGGCCUAAAUAUUUCUGGGGCAAAAAUUACAGGGUUUAAUAACCUAACAAAUGUAAACAAAGAAAAGACAUUAUAACGCUACUACUAUAUUUUGAUUAAUUGUACUUUGAAAUGUAUUUAAUUUGAUAGUGUUGUUUGAAUAAACAAGGAAGGGCUACUACAGCUUUUAAAGCAGUUUAUCAGAUUAUUGUAAAAUAGCUUGUAUAGUGUAUCAUAAGAACGGUUUUUAGAUGACAGAUUGCUUUAUCAUGACGUGAUAUAUUUUUUCUAGGGGUCACAAAUGUGUUGAAUGGUAACCCAUACAAAUUGUGGUUUGUCUGGAAGUAUUAAUCCUAGCAGCAUUGUUCUAAAGUUUCUAAAAUGGUACUCUGUUGUUUCUGUUGUUGGUGUUGUUGUUUUCCUUUUCUUUCUUUUUUGUUUAAUUUUAGAGGCACUUACUCACAUUUGGUGGGAGCUCCUGGGGCUGAAACCUAAAUCCGUUUAACCGCUGUAAGCACAGUCUGUGUGCUUGAUCCCCUCACAUUCCAGGGCUAAACCUGCAGCAACUGUGCAGGUUUACUUGAUGACCCCCCUCCUCCCUACUGCAAAAAAGCUUAAAAACAGAAAAUAGAAGUAGUGUGUGCAUGUACACAUUUGCCCAUAUGUUCACACUACCUGGGAUUACUUUCACAUAUAGCCUCACAGAGCACAGCAAAACAGCAAAACAAAAUUGGCAAUAAAAUGCAUACCGGUACCAGCAAUAUGUAAAUAAUAGAGCAUAGUUUGAUCACAGUCUACUAAAUACAUUUCUAAUUAUUCUACAAAAAUGUUCCUGGUUUUAAAAAACAGGAUUUUUACCUGUUUUUUUUUUUUUUGUCUUUUCUUAAUUUUCUUUUAAAAAAUUAGGCAUAUAAAUGAAACUCUCCCCCAGCUGCUAUAGCCAGUAUUUGGGCAUAAAAUAACACCUUUUAAUAACAGUAAUCAUUCGCGUUUGUGGUUUCUGUGCAGCCCCACAAUGAAGUGCUGCAUCUAUGUGCUGCAUUGUAGGAAUGUUUUAGAGCUCUAGUCAAAGGGUUGGUCCUCCUACAUUUCUGUGGGGGAAGAGGCAAGUGUCUUGCUUCCCACCUUGCUGGGAAGGAGGAGAAUAAGUGCCUGUUCCACAUAUUUACAGCACUACUGUGGACAGGCCUCCUUGCUCAGAGUGUUCUGUGUAUCUUUCUAUGAGCUUUUUCCUUAGGAGGGCCAGCUUCCUGACUAGAGCUCUAGGAGGCAUAGGACACAGUUGUGUUAGUGCAUAGAUGACCACUUAAAGAACACCCAGAAACAGGUAAGCAACCUGUCUUUCUUCUUGAAUAAGCUCUUACAAGUAUGUAUGUUUAACAGUUUAUCUAAGCUUCGGAAAGUAUUUUAACAGUAGUUUGCAAACUGUUGGGAUGAAAAUGUGUAUUCUGCCUGUUUUUAGCUAAUGCUAACAGACCCAAGUAUUUGGUUUCCCCCCAAAAAAGGGUCAUGAAAAGAUAUCGCAUGAGAAAAUAUGGAAAGUUCCACUUGGGAAGUGACAUGUAUUAAGCAUUUUAGCACCUGAUACCAAGCUUAACAAAGCUAGUAGUGUGGGCUUUGACACAAGUAUGUGUGAUUGUUUACCAACACAAGUGGGAUGUACAGAAAUCAGUACUAUGACUACAUGCAUACAAGUAUUUAGUGAUGGGAAAGAGGCUCUUAUUCUUGAUUUUAUGUAUUUGAUCAGUUUAUGGAGUUUUUCUUUUAAAAAUGUAAACGCUGAUUCUGGAAAAGAAGUUUUAAAACUUUAAUAUGUUGUUAAGGAUUUAAACACAAGCCAUCUAAAGUACAUAAGCAUUCAGCAAAACAUAUGUUUCUUGUCUGGCUAGUCUUUUUCAUGCUGGGGGAAAUCAGCACUUCAAAUAAAGCAGGGAAAAUUCUGACUUCUGUCUCUUCAGUGCCUUGCCAUAGCAUGCUGACAUGGAAGGGAUUUGGAUAGCCCCAGAUACUGUAUGCAUGCCAUAUGCAAGAAUGGCACAUGACAAGUGUUAGAAAUAGUUGUUCACAGGAUGUGUUAGGGCAUGCACUUGCAGAGGAAAAAAAUUACAGCUCCUGUAUCACUAAAUCAAGGAUUAGAGCCUUACGAUAUAAACCUGAGCAUACCUAUUUUUGAGGUAAACCAGAUUCAGAUCUGUGGGACUGAUUUCCAAGUAAAUGUGCUUACCAUUACUUUGCCAGUCUUGCCAGCCAGAGUAAACCAAAAAAUCCAGUAUUAGAUUAUCUUGAAAACAGCAGAGGAGUACAAAGUGUGUACAAGUGUAGAAACAAUUGCCAACCCAUCUUUUAGACUGCAACCUCUUAGCUUUACAACAUAACUGUAUAUUGGGAACAACAGAGUAACAGGGAAUGGAGAAAGGUGUACUGGGACAGCCCUCUUUGCACACAUCUUAUACAUGCACAACUGCUUGCAAAUUCCUAGCAGCACCAGGUUCAUUGGCCAGGUUAUCAAGACUUCAUCUUAUUCAGCACGCAGAAAAUUGUUGUUAGUGUGAAUUAUGAUUAGGUGAAGAACCAACUUUUUCACACUUGUAAAAAAACCCACUUUAAUUAUAUUGCAUGGUCAACAGACACCCAUCCACCCACCACUCUAGUUUUGUUAAAAGACAGUCUUUACGAGGGAACAUCCCACUCCACCCCCAAAACAAGUAUUGGUUUGAUAUAGUGGGCCUAUAUAAUGGGUCCUUAUUCCUGUAGAUCUAUUUAAAUCCUCCAAAAGAGUUGGAGAUGAAAGGGUUCUGCAGAAGAUGUAUCCUGUGUGGAGAUGGGUUGUUACUAUGCGCAUGCCAGAUGAAAGUAAAUCCAAAGAUUUCCUCCUGCUUGCAUAUGGGCAGUGUUCUAUGGAAUCUACCAUGGCAUUGUUAGUUGUCCCUCAUUGUUUCAGCUUCUACAGAACUGCUUUAGUGUCUACUUUCAUUCCACUCUGAAAUCUUGAAACCUGCCUAAAAUAUAGUUAUUUGAUUCCUCCUGCUUGUUAAUGCUUUCUUGGGAUAAAGCAGUGUGAGCUUUCUUGAUCUUGCUGUUUCCAUCUUUAUGCCUUCCUCUUGCCACUUCACUGUAAAAACAAAUACGCACAAAUUGAGAGGAUAUGAAGCACUGCAGUGUAAUAGGCAUCCAGUGCUUUAGGAAAAUGUGCGAGAGAGGAAGUGGAGUAAAACAUGGGGUGAUAUUUCUCUGUGGUCUGUGUGACGUAGAAAUAGGUCUGACCUAUACCGAGGCGGAAUAGCUACUCUUUGAAGAGGCAGAUCAGAUCAAUUUGUGUGCAUUCACAGAUGAUUAACAGCCACCACGCUUAGGGUGAGCAACCUGUUAGUUCAUAAUUGCCUUUGAGAGUCUGUUCCAAGUGUAAAGGAGUUAACUAAAGCAAUUAUGAGAAUAAGUGGCAAGGCUGUGAUGUUUGAGCCACUUUAACUUUAAAAGUGUAUGCUUAUUAAGUACUUUGUAGAAAGGGACCAGAUUCUUCAGCCUCUUUCAGAACUAACUUUAUCCACUGCCUGAUCCAUAUUGAAAUCACUAUGGAUGUUACUACUAUGGAUGUACUAAGAUUAUUUUUUUACACUACCGCCGUUUCAUAAGAACAAUACUUUCAGGCAACAAAGAAGCAUCAUAUUAGUUAGUGGAAAACAUUCAAUGAUCCCUUUUAAAGUCUUGUUUUCAGAUUUGAGAAAAAGUAUAAAACUAGUCAUCUUUCCCUCACCUACUCACACCACCCCAGCAGGCUUAAUAGCACGGAUUCAGUAGUGUGUCAACAUUCUAUUUUGUUAUAUUCUCCAAAAGAUAUAUAAUGGGGAUAAAUGCUAUAUUAUGCUGGUGUAUGGCAUUAUUAAAAAGCCUUUUCAUUACUUUUUAUCACAGUAAUUUCAAAACAGUGUAAAAAAAAUUAAAACAAGUGACUCCUGUUUAAAAUAAAAGUUGUAGUUUUCUAUUCAUGCCGAAUAAGUCUGUAGUAACUGUCUUUUCACCUCCUCAGUGAAAUGUUGGACUGUAAAAUCUUAUGUGGAACUGUUGAGCUUUUUCUUUUUCCUUUUAAAUUUUGCUGUUCUAGUAAAUUCAAAGCCACACAUCUGUACAGAAGUUGCAGUAAAUGUAUGCCAUUUACAGCAAUGCUAAAUCGUGGACAAAAUGACAUAAUAAAAAUUGCUUUUUCAUGA